UCACUACUACCAAAGGCCCACACUCUUUCUCCUCCACUCUUCAGUCCCGAGAACGAAUUCUCUACUAGCCACCACCGUUUCAGACAGACAGAUAUCCCAAGCCUAAUUUAUUUUGUUCCGAAGAAAUGCACUCGUUUUCUAAAGGAUUUCAUCUGGCUACCAGGCGUCUCCUUACCAGCAGCAGCAGCAGCAGCUGCUCCUCCAUUGCUGUCGAUUCUUCUCCAAUCAAACGUGCUGUUCUUGGUGGACUCAAUUUCACAGCAAACCCUGAUCGUUCGGAGUUACUGUUUCCGUCUUCACUUGCAUUCCUACGUUUAUUCCAGACAAGGUCCUGCAGCGAUAGAACCUUGUUUGAAACUUCUAACAAUGUUAUCACGCAUCCACUUGCAAUGCUAUACAAGAAUCCAGGGUUUCUUCAUGCAGAAACAUUACCAAUUAGGUGCUUCAGUACUGGAGCUGACAAGCCAGCCGCACCUCUGGCUGAAGAUAAUACUGUUUCUUUAGACAGCGUGCCUCCUCGGAUCAAAUUCAAGAGGCCUGAUAAGAUGGCAAGGAAUAUAAUGCAGAUUCUUGAUAGGGAAGCGGUUGAGCAGGUCAGAAAUCAAAGAGAAAUACCAGAUAUAAAGCCGGGUUACAUCAUUCAGAUGAAAGUGGAAGUUCCUGAGAACAAAAGGCGUGUCUCGAUAGUUAAAGGCAUCGUGAUAGCAAGGCGUAAUGCUGGCCUUAAUAGUACAUUUAGAGUGAGGAGACUCGUUGCUGGAGUUGGGGUUGAGUCUCUGUUUCCAUUGUAUUCACCUAAUAUAAAGGAGAUAAAGAUAUUGGACAAGAAGAAAGUGAGGAGGGCCAAGCUUUACUAUCUGAGGGAAAAAAUGAAUGCACUGAAGAAGCACUAAUGAUCAUAUCCAUCAUAACAAGUGGAAGAUGAUGAUGAUGAUGAGAAAAACCUAUUUGUGGCAGUUGUUUUCUUCACACAAUUUGAAUUUGGUUCGAUGUUUUGAUAGCUUGUUAUUCUGGUUAUAUGUUUGAACAUGUUAAUGAUAAUAAGAUAUUACUCUAUGUUAUGGAUUUUGAUGAUUCAUGUGAUUCAAGCUUUACAACUUGCAUCA